AUGGUGGCGGCUGUUGGGCUCUCCUUGAGGCGUGGCUUCCCGGCUACCGCUCUCAGCAGAGUCAGCCAUCAGUUCCAGGCCUGCCGAGGGCCACAGACGGAGGCUGCUGCAGCUCCCUGGCUCAAAAAAAUUGCCAUUUACCGAUGUGAUCCCGACAAAACUGGAGACAAACCCCGAAUGCAGACUUACGAGGUUGAUCUGAAUAAGUGUGGACCUAUGGUGUUGGAUGCUUUAAUCAAGAUUAAGAAUGAAAUUGAUUCCACUCUGACUUUCCGAAGAUCAUGCAGAGAAGGAAUCUGUGGCUCUUGUGCCAUGAACAUCAAUGGAGGCGACACUCUGGCAUGCACACGCAGGAUCGACACGGACCUCGGCAAAGUGUCAAAAAUUUACCCUCUUCCGCACAUGUAUAUGAUCAAGGAUCUAGUCCCUGAUCUGAGUAACUUCUCUGCACAGUACAAAUCCAUCGAGCCUUAUCUGAAGAAGAAGGACGAGUCUCAGGAGGGCAAGCAGCAGUAUCUGCAGCCCGUCGAGGAGCACGAGAAGCUGGACGGAUUGUGUGAAUGUAUCCUGUGUCUCUGCCCCAGCUAGUGGUGGAGCGGAGACAAGUACCUGGGGCCUGCAGUUCUCAUGCAGGCCUAUCGCUGGAUGAUGGACUCCAGAGGCGACUUCACAGAGGAGCGCCUGGCCUAACUGCAGGACCCCUUCUCUCUCUACCGCUGCCACACCAUCAUGAACUGUACGAAGACCUGCCCCAAGGGUCUGAACCCAGGGAAAGCGAUUGCCGAAAUCAAGAAGAUGAUGGCGACCUACAAGGAAAAGAGGGCGUUGGCCUAA